AUGCUGCGUGGUCCAGCGCAGGGGGGCCCGGGCCCCGCCGAGCAGCUGCGAGUUUCGGCCGCCAGGGGCGCAGCGGCGCCCUCUCCCGCGCUCGGGUAUCGAUCGGAGACCCGCGCGCAUCUGGGCCAGGCCACCGGCGGUGUUGCUGCAGGAAGGGCCCCCGGGGAGGUGUGCCCUCGCAAGAAGGACAGUAGCGAUCAGGACAGUAGCGAUCAGGACAGUAGCGAUCAGGACAGUAGCGAUCAGGACAGUAGCGAUCAGGACAGUAGCGAUCAGGACAGUAGCGAUCAGGACAGUAGCGAUCAGGACAGUAGCGAUCAGGACAGUAGCGAUCAGGACAGUAGCGAUCAGGACAGUAGCGAUCAGGACAGUAGCGAUCAGGACAGUAGCGAUCAGGACAGUAGCGAUCAGGACAGUAGCGAUCAGGACAGUAGCGAUCAGGACAGUAGCGAUCAGGACAGUAGCGAUCAGGACAGUAGCGAUCAGGACAGUAGCGAUCAGGACAGUAGCGAUCAGGACAGUAGCGAUCAGGACAGUAGCGAUCAGGACAGUAGCGAUCAGGACAGUAGCGAUCAGGACAGUAGCGAUCAGGACAGUAGCGAUCAGGACAGUAGCGAUCAGGACAGUAGCGAUCAGGACAGUAGCGAUCAGGACAGUAGCGAUCAGGACAGUAGCGAUCAGGACAGUAGCGAUCAGGACAGUAGCGAUCAGGACAGUAGCGAUCAGGACAGUAGCGAUCAGGACAGUAGCGAUCAGGACAGUAGCGAUCAGGACAGUAGCGAUCAGGACAGUAGCGAUCAGGACAGUAGCGAUCAGGACAGUAGCGAUCAGGACAGUAGCGAUCAGGACAGUAGCGAUCAGGACAGUAGCGAUCAGGACAGUAGCGAUCAGGACAGUAGCGAUCAGGACAGUAGCGAUCAGGACAGUAGCGAUCAGGACAGUAGCGAUCAGGACAGUAGCGAUCAGGACAGUAGCGAUCAGGACAGUAGCGAUCAGGACAGUAGCGAUCAGGACAGUAGCGAUCAGGACAGUAGCGAUCAGGACAGUAGCGAUCAGGACAGUAGCGAUCAGGACAGUAGCGAUCAGGACAGUAGCGAUCAGGACAGUAGCGAUCAGGACAGUAGCGAUCAGGACAGUAGCGAUCAGGACAGUAGCGAUCAGGACAGUAGCGAUCAGGACAGUAGCGAUCAGGACAGUAGCGAUCAGGACAGUAGCGAUCAGGACAGUAGCGAUCAGGACAGUAGCGAUCAGGACAGUAGCGAUCAGGACAGUAGCGAUCAGGACAGUAGCGAUCAGGACAGUAGCGAUCAGGACAGUAGCGAUCAGGACAGUAGCGAUCAGGACAGUAGCGAUCAGGACAGUAGCGAUCAGGACAGAACGCAGCCCCUAGAGCGCGCAUGUUCACGUGGAAAGGAUUGCGGCAGUCCUUCCGUGCCCGGGGACAAUAACAGCGGCUUCCUCUUUGAGCUCCGUCGCAGGUCAGCACUCGAGGUGGAAGGGAAGUGGCUCGGGGCAGAGCGGCGCAAGAGACAGGCGGAGUGGAAGGUGCGGCUGCGCCAUCCGGCGUGGUUGCACUCUGGGGAGCGCGGCGAGAUACCAAGAAGACACACCGGGGCCGUGCCUCAUAGGCGCUCUUCUGGAGACAGCUCUGCGGGGAACAGUCGUCGUCCCCCCCUCCCUCGAAGAUCCACCUCCGACUGGAGCAAUCCGCUCGUGGAUUGCCUGGAGCCGUGGAACUUCCCUCCAGACGCCAUUCAUCACCUCUGCUACAUGCCUGCACGAGCUACGAGCGAGGGUCGCUUCACCAGGUUCGCUCACCAAGAAGUGACACCGGCUCGUGGUGACCAGCAGACUUGGGCGCACCACCUGGGUCGUCCGUCACCACUCCAGGAAGGAGUAAGAGGGACGACUCGCUGCGGACAGGAGCUACGAGCGAGGGUCGCUUCACCAGGCUCGCUCACCAAGAAGGGACACCGGCCCGUGGUGACCAGGAGACUUGGGCGCACCACAUGGAACGUCCGUCACCACUCCAGGAAGCAGUAA